AUGACUGAUGAAUUCAAUCGAUAUUAUAUCAAAAUUCGAGCUAUUUUGGGAAUAGAUUCAAAAACAAUCUUUGACGAACUUACAGAGGCAUUGGGACCUGAUGCUCCAUCAUAUCCAACAGUCAGAAGAUGGGCGAAACGUUUUCGUGAAGGAAGAGACGAUGUCACUGAUGAUCCUCGAUCUGGUCGUCCGAUUUCGAUACUUACAGAUGAAAAUGUUGAACGCGUUCGACAAGUUAUCGAAGAUGAUCCACACUCAACUUAUGAUGAUAUUAUGGGUGAGACUGAUCUAUCACGUGGUACAAUAGAACGAAUUAUUCAUGAUCGUCUAAAGAUGAGAAAAGUUACAUCACGUUGGGUUGCUCAUCAACUUACUGACGAACAAAAACAAAAACGACUUAGAAUUUGUCGUCAAAAUUUAGAGAAAUUUAGAAAUGGAACAUGGCAUUUAUGUGAUGUUAUUACUGGUGAUGAGACAUGGAUUUAUCACAGGCAGAUUGGUCGAAAGUCAAGCAAUGCUACUUGGGUUGGCGAAAAUGAACUACCAAGAACCAUUGUUCGUCGGAAUAGAUUUGAACCUAGAACACUAUUUUGCUUCUUCUUCAAAUCCACUGGUUCUCUUCUCAUACACAAAGUAGAUAAGGGCAAGACAAUCGAUCAUGACUACUAUAUUGAUAAUUGUCUUAUACCUGUUAUCAAUGAAAUAAGAAAAAAGGAAAAGUCAUCACGUACUACAUAUAAAAUGCUUCAUGAUAAUGGUCCUCCUCAUACUCAUCCAGAUUUUAUUGAUUAUUUAAUGGAGGAAGGAAUCGAAAUCAUUCCACAUCCACCAUAUUCACCAGAUCUCGCACCCAAAUUAACUAAAAUAAUUGAUGAUCAUAAUCAACCUCCAGAGAAAGAAAAUAUUAAAGCUCGUGAAUUUCCUGAAAAAGUUAAAAAAUAA